CCGUCUGACCCCUGAACUCUCUUCCUCCACAGCUACACCAAACUGGGCUACGCAGGAAACACGGAGCCGCAGUUCAUCGUCCCGUCAUGUAUCGCCAUCAAAGAGUCGGCCAAGGUGGGGGACCAGGCCCAGAGGAGGAUGAUGAAGGGAGUGGACGACCUGGACUUCUACAUCGGGGACGAAGCCGUGGACAAACCGUCCUACUCCACUAAGUGGCCGAUCCGCCAUGGCAUCGUGGAGGACUGGGACCUGAUGGAGCGCUUCAUGGAGCAGGUCAUCUUCAAGUACCUGCGGGCCGAACCGGAGGACCACUACUUCCUGCUGACGGAACCUCCUCUGAACACGCCGGAGAACCGGGAGUACACGGCUGAGAUCAUGUUCGAGUCCUUCAACGUCCCGGGGCUCUACAUCGCCGUGCAGGCGGUUCUGGCCCUGGCCGCGUCCUGGACGUCCAGACAGGUCGGAGAACGGACGCUGACUGGCACCGUCAUCGACAGCGGAGACGGUGUGACCCAUGUCAUCCCCGUGGCUGAAGGCUACGUGAUCGGCAGCUGCAUCAAGCACAUCCCCAUCGCAGGACGAGACAUCACCUACUUCACCCAGCAGCUCCUCAGGGAGCGGGAGGUGGGCAUCCCCCCGGAGCAGUCCCUGGAGACGGCCAAGGCGGUCAAGGAACGCUUCAGCUACGUCUGUCCGGAUCUGGUCAAAGAGUUCAACAAGUACGACACGGACGGGUCCAAAUGGAUCAAGCAGUACACCGGCAUCAACGCCAUCAGCAAGAAGGAGUUCACCAUCGACGUGGGCUACGAGCGCUUCCUGGGGCCCGAGAUCUUCUUCCACCCAGAGUUCGCCAACCCGGACUUCACCCAGCCCAUCUCAGAGGUGGUGGACGAGGUCAUCCAGAACUGUCCCAUCGACGUCCGCCGGCCGCUCUACAAGAACGUGGUUCUGUCCGGAGGCUCCACCAUGUUCCGGGACUUCGGGCGGCGCCUGCAGAGAGACCUGAAGAGGACGGUGGACGCUCGGCUGAAGCUGAGCGAGGAGCUGAGCGGAGGGAAGCUCAAGCCCAAACCCAUCGACGUGCAGGUGGUCACCCACCACAUGCAGAGAUACGCCGUGUGGUUCGGAGGAUCGAUGCUGGCGUCGACUCCCGAGUUCUACCAGGUCUGUCACACCAAGAAGGACUACGAGGAGAUCGGACCCAGCAUCUGCCGCCACAACCCCGUGUUCGGAGUCAUGUCCUGAACCCGCGGGCCUGGGCGGGUUCUGGGACCGGACCGGACCGGACUUCUUUCUCUUUCUGUUCUGUUGUUUUUUUAAUAAGGGAAACGGUUCCGAGCUGAAACUCCUGGUUCUGUUGGACCUUUCUGAACAUAUUUAUCGAUCCGGACUCAGGUUCUGUUCAGUUAGAACUUUUUGUUGUCGAAUUUCUUUCCAGCUUCUUUCUGCUCAUGUCUGUGGAACUGCAGGUUCUUCAGGAACCGGUACCAGAACCCAGACGGGUUGGUUCGGUUCUGAUGGUUGUUUUUCACAGUUAAAGUUUGUCAGCGCCAAAUAAAAGCUUCACGUUUCUAAGA